ACAUACAAUACAUUGCUCAAUUUUCCCCCAAUUCCUCAAUAAUGGCUAUGGCAACUCAAGCUUCCCUCUUCACCCCUCCUCUCUCCGUCCCCAAAUCCACCACCGCUCCAUGGAAACAAUCCCUCGUAUCGUUCUCUACACCUAAGCAACUCAAAUCCACCGUCUCAGUAACCCGACCUAUCCGUGCCAUGGCUGAAGAAGCCCCAGCUGCCACCGAAGAAAAACCCGCUCCAGCGGGAUUUACCCCACCUCAAUUGGACCCAAACACACCCUCCCCAAUCUUCGGUGGCAGCACGGGUGGGCUUCUUCGAAAAGCCCAAGUGGAAGAAUUCUACGUCAUCACAUGGGAAUCACCAAAGGAACAGAUCUUUGAGAUGCCAACAGGUGGUGCUGCUAUAAUGAGACAAGGACCAAAUUUGUUGAAAUUGGCAAGGAAAGAACAGUGCUUAGCUCUUGGUACAAGGUUGAGAUCUAAAUACAAGAUCAAUUACCAGUUUUACAGGGUUUUCCCCAAUGGCGAGGUGCAAUAUUUGCAUCCCAAAGAUGGUGUGUACCCUGAAAAAGUGAACCCUGGCCGUGAAGGAGUGGGUCAGAACUUCAGAUCAAUUGGGAAGAACAAGAGUGCUAUUGAAGUCAAGUUUACUGGGAAACAAGUGUAUGAUAUUUAAGUUUGUGCACUUUUUUUUCUUUUUUUUUAAAUUUAUGAUAUUGUAAUUGUUAAUGGUUUUGUGAUUAUGUAGUGCAUGUAACUUUUAUUUGACACUACAAAUACAGCAUGGAUCCUAUUAAAUAUUUCUAUCCUAUUGAUU